AAAAAAAAGGGAAUCGCAAACAAGAGCCUCAGGCCUCGAUCGACGCCCACGAGCGCCCUCUUAACCAGAUGGCUCCCCAUGAUCAAAAAACGCCUAAAACAUGUGCAUCAUCUCUUUUCCCCGAACACAAAGGGCCCCGCUACUACAGACGCCCCAGCUUCGGCGUAUCAAGGACCGCGUUGCAGUGUGGUUGGGCGAGACAGUCCUCCGUAG